AACUGUUGAAUUCAGUCCAUUCGCGGUCGUGGCCGCGUUCUGUUCGAGUACGCUCUCUCUCAAUUAUUUGUACAAUGUAUACAAUCCAUCUCAUAGUUUAUUAAAACGAAAGUGAAGUUGCCGCCAGUGGCCCUCAUUCUGGAGUGACGAUGAUUGUGGGAAAAUUAUUCCUUCCUAUAGCACGAACUUGACCCAUGAACCCGAACGAUUGUGCUCAAUCAACAGCCGGGUUGAAGUGAUGUCUAAUUGAUGCAAUCGGUGCUAUCAAUCAAUUUUCUACCGAGGAGGUAACAAAACAAAAUAGAGAUUCCAUUUCUCUGUAAUUUUGUCAAUUCGUGCCAGAAGACGCAUGCGUUGCCUUUACGCGAGAGACAAAUCCUUACAAAAAUAGAUUCAUUCAUUCAUUCGUCCGCGUGCCAAUUGGCUAGAAGCGUGUUUUUCGCAUUUGCAAUUUCGAAGCCGCUAAACCGUAGCAAUUAUUUCGAAGUGCAUAUGAGUAUCGGUUGUCGUGGGCGGUUUUUCCCAAAAUGUCCAGCACCGAAGACGAGAUCGAUCUGGAUGGAGUCCUGAACGAAAUUGGUCAAUUCGGACGGUUCCAGAUCCGGCAGUACGUGUUCAUGGUCAUCCCGAUUGUGUUCAAUGCAUUCUUCACGCUCAGUUACGUGUUCACUGCAGGAAAUUUAAACUACAGAUGUGAAAUUCCUGGCUGUGACACUUCACCGUCUGCAGGAUUUCACCCAAGCUGGCUCAACGAAACAGUUCCAUUCAAGAAUGACAUGCCGGAACGAUGUGAGCGGUUUCUCCCGAUUGGUAAUUCAAGUAUAGAUGAAAUACAGUGUGAUGCAGAGAACUUCGACACUAAUCAGAUUAUUGAAUGCGAUAAGUUCAUCUACGAAGAUGACGAAACGACUAUUGUGAGGGAUUUCAAUUUGACUUGCUCGCACAACGAUUGGAAACUUUCGCUAGUAGGAACUGUAAACAAUAUUGGCCAGUUUGUUGCGCUACCAAUAGCAGGGUACCUGUCCGAUCGAUUCGGUCGAAGAUUAGUUCUAUUGUUGAGCGUUGCAGGCAGCGCUCUCUUUGGUUUACUGCGAGCGUACUCCACUAGCUAUGAAAUGUUCAUCGCAAUGGAGUUCCUGGAUCCAGCGAUUGGCUCCACCAUGUAUACGACAGCUUUCAUUCUAGCUCUAGAACUUGUUGGCCCACGUAUGCGAGUCACCGGCAACAAUAUCAUAUCCUGUGCUUUCUCGUUCGGUGAAGCUGGUCUAGCAUUGCUGGCCAUGUUUUUCCGCAACUGGCGCUCAUUGCUCAAAGUGCUUUACAUUCCUGGCAUAGUGUCUCUACCUUUCCUCUGGAUGACUUCGGAGAGCGUCCGAUGGUUGCUAUCCAAAGGACAUCGUGAUCAAGCCAUCAAAAUACUCAAAAAAGCUGCAACCAUGAAUGGCAAAACGCUUUCACAUGAAGCAGAAGAACGAUUCUUCCCUUCUACCGAGAAUGUGAUCAAAACAGAAUCAACAUCAGACAAUGAAGGAUUUUUCACCCUUCUAACAGAUGCCUUCCGAAAUCCAAAGCUAUUACUUCGAGUGGUUAAUUGUUCUUUCUGUUGGCUGACCAAUGUGCUAGUGUACUUCGGGCUCAGUCUCAAUUCGGUCACACUCGCUGGCGAUAAGUACUUGAACUUCAUCCUGGUUUCGCUGAUCGAGCUACCCGGAUUUCUCAUCAUGCAGCUGAUAUUGGAUCGCGUUGGAAGAAAAAUCACUCUCUGUGCUACGAUGUUGAUCUGCGGCCUGUUUUGCUUCCUAUCUGAGUUUAUUCCCACUGGUAAGUUUUAGCUUAGCUUGAUCCACCAAUAAUCAUUGAACUGUCAUUUUUAUAACGGUUA